GAAACCUGAGACAGGGUCUGGACUUUGGCACUGAUGGCUGAGAUGGAAAAUGUGUCGUACGUACCUUUGAAGCAGCCCAUCGUGUUCACAGUGGAAGGUUUCAACGUAACCAGGCAGCAGGGGUACCCCCUGUUCGUGCUCUCCUUGAUCGUGUACGCCGUGAUGCUGCUCGGAAACAUCACCGUGGUUAUGGUGAUCGCCAGGAAUGCCAAGCUCCACAAGCCCAUGUACGUGAUGAUGUGCAACCUGGCAGUGAGCGACCUGCUCGGGGGCACUGUAAUCAUGACCCAGCUGAUGACCCACUUCCUGACUGGGGACAGGACCGUCAGCUACGUGGGGGCCUUUGUACAGGCCGCCUCUGUGCACAUGUACCACUCGGCCGUCGCCACCAUUCUGACGGCCAUGGCGUACGACCGCUACGUGGCCAUCUGCCAGCCGCUCCACUACCAUGCCAUCAUGACCACUAGGAGGCUGGUUUUACUGUGUUGUCUUGCCUGGUUCAUCGCGUUGUGCCUGGUCUCCACCCGCCUCAUUCUGAACGUGGGAACGCCAUUGUGUGGGACGUUAAUCACACACGUCUACUGCAGUCAUGGAUCCAUUAUUAGUCUGGCAUGCCUCCCCACCCCUACCAGCUCCAUGUUCCAAGUGUAUUCAAUUUAUUCCCUAAGUGCAGUCUGCUUCUUAGUCAUUGCCUCUUCCUAUGCGAUGAUCCUCAAAGCGUGCAUCGUCAAGCAGGAGAAAAAUAGUCGGCGCAAGGCCAUACAGACAUGCGCCUCCCAUCUUUCCAUUUAUAUCUUCUUUGAGAUCUCCUUGUAUCUCAUUGUCAUGACCUACGGUAGGAAAGACGUCAACCCUGACACCAAGAAGUUUUGCGCCAUUCUUUUUAUCAUCGUGCCCCCCACAGUCAACCCAAUCAUCUAUGGCAUCGCCACAAAAAAUAUUAGAACAAACAUUCUGAAGUUUUUCAAAUCCUCUGUCUCACCAAAAUAGGGAAACCAGGGGAAGCCAGUACCAUCCUGUUAACAAAAUAACAUUUUUUGAAUAUAUUGUUUAGGGUGAGGAAUCUUCUCGUCACAUUUUCCCACAGAAAAAGUCAGAUGGGCUUUUUUCCCCGCAAACAUAGCCGUAAAGUCAUGGUUUGCAGGCUGGUAAAAACAAUCAUCAUUGUGAAAACCUUGUUACAGCAUUGUUAUUUUACACACCCUUCCACAACUUCACGGCAUCAUUGUAAAAAAUCUCAAUAAAGUUUUGUGCCAGUUGGGCAGAUGGUUUUUCUUUUUAAACAA